UUAUCCAUGGAAGAACAUUUGAAUCAAGAAAAACUGAGCAUCGAUACAGAAAUACAAACAAAAUUGCUUGAUUACCAUAAUAAUGAUCAUCAUCAUCAUCAUCAUAAGGGUGGUAUACAAACCAUGCCUUUCAUCAUAGUGAAUGAAGCAUUUGAGAGAAUGGCAAGUUAUGGACUGAUGCCCAACAUGAUAUUUUAUCUUAUGGAAGUUUAUCAUAUGGAAGUUGUAACUGGAACAACUAUACUUUCGAUCUGGUCAGCACUUUCAAAUGGUCUUUCCAUCAUUGGUGCUUUUGUCUCAGAUUCUUAUUUGGGUCGGUUUUGGGUCAUUGCAAUCGGGUCUGUCUCCACCCUUCUUGGGAUGACUUUUUUAUGGUUAACUUCCAUGGUUCCACAAUUAACACCCUCAUCUUGCUAUGAAAUUGACUCAAAUUGCAGCCGACCAUCACUAGCCCAACUCGCUUUUCUUUUCUUAUCUUUUGGUCUGAUCUCGGUAGGAUCUGGUUGCAUCAGACCGUGUUCAAUGGCUUUUGGUGCAGACCAAUUCACACACCAUACAGCCCUUAACAACCAGAGACUCAUUGAUAGCUACUUUAAUUGGUACUAUGCAUCUGUAUCACUUUCAACAAUCGUCGCUUUUACUGUUUUGGUCUACAUACAAGAUCAACUUGGUUGGCAGGUUGGAUAUGGAAUUCCUGUUUUGGUCAUGGUCUGUUCUGUACUUAUGUUCUUACUUGGGUCAUCUCUUUAUGUCAAAGUAAAAGUCAGCGAGAGCCCGUUUUCAGGGUUCAUUCAAGUUUUAAUCAUUGCUUUCAAGAAACGUAAGGCCAUUCUUCUUCAUGAUGACUGCUAUAAUCAUAGUAAUGAAAUGGAUCGAGCUGAGCUGACAGACAAUUUAAGGUUUCUCAACAAAGCAUGUGUUAAUGAUAUGAAUGUGGAUUCUUCGAACUUGAGCCCAUGGAGUGUCUCCACAGUUGAAAAGGUUGAAUCACUCAAAUCGCUAAUUAGGAUAUUACCUGUGUGGUCUUCGUGCAUUUUACUAUCCACGACAAUUUCACAGGGCUUCCCGACACUCCAAGUGAAGACAAUGAACCGUCAUAUCAUCUCAGGGUUUGAGAUUCCAGCUGCAUCGUUUAGCUUGUUCAUUGUUUUGACACUCGCUAUAUGGAUAGCCUUUUACGAUCGAAUCUUGGUCCCACUUCUAGAUAAAUAUACAAGUGAACCACGUGGUUUCCACCCAAAAACCCGCAUGGGAAUUGGGCUGUUAAUCACAAUCGUGGCAAUGAUGGUAUCUGCAAUCGUGGAAACAAUAAGGCGCCACAUAGCAAGGUCUGUCUACAAUCCAAAUUCAAUAGUUGACAUGUCAGCAAUGUGGUUGGUACCACAAUUUGCGUUAUAUGGUUUAGCCGAGGCAUUUAAUGCAAUUGGGCAAAUAGAAUUUUAUUAUUCUGAGCUCCCCACAAGUAUGUCGAGUAUUGCCAUGGCCGUGUUUAUCAUGGGCAAUGCAAUUUCGGGGCUCGUUAGUAGCCUUUUAAUAAACGUGGUGAACUCAGUCACAAGUCAAGGAGGUCAAGUAAGUUGGCUAUCUAGUGAUAUCAAUGAGGGUCACAUUGAUUACUACUACUGGCUACUUGGUUUUUUGAAUCUGCUUAACUUUUUCUACUUCCUUAUGUGUUGUCGGGUUCAUCGGAAUUUAUCUUCAUCUCAAAGUAAGGUAGUCAGUGAGCUCGGAGAAGAAGAAUCUGAUUGUAGGCAUUGA